CAAAGAAAAAGAACAAACCACCACCAAGAGGACACCAGAACAUCAGCCAUAUUUUUCGCAAAAUCCUGCUGGUCAGAAUCUGGUUCGGAGUGUGUUUUUUCGGAUUGUCGUCGGUGCUUCUUUUUUCGUUUACUGUCUCCGUGCCGUCGCCGCCGCCGUUGCGUGACAUCGUCGUGGGGGCGUAGUUCCUUGGUUUUGGAUUAAUUUGUGGUGCGAGUGUUUCGCGUGGUUCCUCUAGUUUUGUGUUGUUGUAUUAACCUUCGGUUCUCCGGUGGCCGUCAAGAGAGGGUGCGUUCCAGAACCGUCGUCGGUGCCCGUUUCAAUCUCAGUUUUGCAGUGUGUUCAUACACGCACACGAGCACGGUUUUACCUACAGCGAAAUCGUAGCGCAGUUUUGUCUGAUUAAUCAUCGAGCAGCGACGGAAGUCGAUAUCCGGAAACUCCAGAUUCGGUGCAGUCACAAAAUCAAGACCAGAACCUUGCGAGUAGUUCAUCAUGUCCGCCGAGAAUGAGGUCGUUCCGCCGGUUGAGGGCGAGGAGGAGCACGAUGCCAACUACCAGCCACCCCCGCAGAAGACCAUCGAGGAGAUCAUGGCCGCGGACGCGGAGGACGAAAGCUUACGAAAGUACAAGGAAGCCCUGCUCGGCGAGGCCCAGUCCGAGAAGAUUAUCUUCGACGACUCCGACCCUCGCAAGGUGAUUGUGAAAAAGCUUUCCCUGCUCGUCGCGGACCGUGACCCGAUGGAGCUCGACCUGUCCGGAGACAUUUCGAAGCUGAAAAAGAAUGUCUUUGUCAUCAAGGAAGGAAUUCAGUACAAGAUUCGGAUCGAUUUCGUCGUCCAGCGGGAAAUUGUCCACGGGUUGAAGUACAUCCAGAAAACCUACCGGAUGGGAGUACCCGUGGACAAAAUGACGCAGAUGGUCGGCUCGUACCCGCCCAAGAAGGAAAUCCAAAGCUACACGACCCCGUUCGAGGAAGCCCCGUCCGGGAUGAUGGCGCGCGGCACCUACUCCGUGUCCUCGCUGUUCACCGACGACGACAAGAACGAACACCUCAAGUGGGAGUGGAGCUUUGAGAUCAAAAAAGACUGGCAGUAAGAGUGGGCGGGAAUUUACUAACGAGAGUGAAUUAAAAGUAUGCAAGAUGGGAAAAAAGUAACGUACACAGUGUAAAGUAAACAUACAAAAGCUGCAUCAAUAUUACACGUUUAUACAUAAUGAAAAAAACACACACAUAUUAUAUACAGAAAAAAAGUGGGAGGGAAACAGGAAGUAGUCAAAGUUGACGGUGAAGCUGGAACAACCUUUAGUUGCGUGCGCGGGUCUUUUUGCAGCGAUCUCGGACUGUUAGAACAAGAGAGAGAGAUUAUUAUUAGUGUGGAGCAAUCUUCGUGGAUGGAUUUUAUCGCUUUCAAUUGUAGCCAGCAGCAGCAGCAGCAGGUCUUACUUCUAUUCUUUACUUGAUAGGAAAGUGGUUCGAACCGGUUGAAAGUUUGUCCGGUUCUGGACGCGUUACGCGUUAAUGUGAUGCUUUCGCAGGCGGUAUUAAAGUAUAUAAAUAUUAAAAACAAAAACUAUGGUAUUAAAUCGUUUCCCCUUUGUUAGGCGUUAACUCACUCUUGCUCUUGAUGGAUUUCAAAGUUCCUCCCAAAAAUCAGGGGAGCAAAACCAAAUUUUCCGUUUAAAUCCUUUUCGCAUCGUGUAUCGUAUCUUCAUCACUUCCUUAUCUUAGCUGUGCAUUUUGUACGAGAUGAUGAUUGUUCUGCCAAAAAUGAGAUGUGCUUCAAAAAGCAAUAAAAAAACCACUGUAAUACUAUUUGUUCGAAAAAAAAAGAACGUUUAUAUAUCCAAAAGUGCUACCUUUUUACACAUGUAAGAUUAAGGGUUAGAAUUGAGAGCAACAACAAUAACAAACAAACAAAAAUCCUAGCUGAAACACAUAAACAAAACACCACAAAAAAGUCGUCGGCAUUUGGGUCUGCUUUUCGUCUGCCUGCAAAGUUGUGCAGAAGCUCUGCAGUGGGCGGAGCCUGCGAUUGCAAAAGCUCUGCAGUGGGCGGAGCCUCCAACUUCAAAAGCUGUUCAAGAGCUUUUGUCAAGCUCUGCAAGCAUGGAAAAAUGACUCAAAGCGAAGAACCAACAUAAAACAACAACCUUUUUACAACCAUUAUUAUACGCGAGAUGAAUAUCCUGUAGGGACGCGAAAGCUAGUGGAACAAAAAGUUAGAAUUGAUUUUCAUAUAAAAAAAAAAAAACAAAAGUUGGAGACCGGUCGUGUAAUACCCAGGCGGAAUUAUUGGCGCUUUGCUAAAUUAGUCUACGGUCUCUCGUUUUCGUGAGUAAAAAGAAAAAAGAAAACCCUAGCCAGAAGUUGCAUUUAUAUGACAUUGUUUCUUCCUUAAUUGUGUAACUCGUAGCUUUUCCAACCUAGUAUUCUUGUUUUUUUUGCUAACUUUAGAAACGAAUUUGCUUCAAUUUGCAUAAUCUUAAAACAAAAACGCAUUUUACCGAAAGCCAUACACAAUAGAGAACAAACAUAGAAACAAAAAAACAAGGUUACAAUUCCUAUACUCAAAGCAAACGCGUUGUAUGAAUCAGUAUAAAAUCACUAUUUACAAUCAGUCAAAUGUGGCGACGUCGUUCGCGGACCGAGAGUUAUUCCAACCCGGAGAGGACCAGUCAGUAGCAAAAUCACAACCACACAAACAAAUAACACAGAAAUAUUAGCCCCAGGCAAGAAGGUACAUUAAAGUCAGUUUUGUGCUCAAUUUGUUCGAAACAAAGCUAAAAAAGUUCCAGA